GCAGACUCGAUUAAUAGUCGUGCUCGUGAGAGAAUCGACGAACAGCAGAGCCAGCAAGCGUCCUUGGUGUCUUGGGGAGUUGCGCGGGAGCUUGAAAACCCAUCGCUGGAUUGUUUGAACUCGAACGCGUCUGACGCGAAACGUCGAAGUAGAUGGAACGAAUAAUAAUCCUCUUCGCGUCGUCGAACUUACGUUUCGACAUCGAGUGAGAAACUGGUAUAAACCGGGACGAAUAUUAUUGUCAUGUGAGGAAUACGUAUCUUUAUACAAAACAAAAUAAAACAAAGAAACAGACGGGGUUGUAAAUCAAGUCGUUUUCGUUCGGUUCGGUUCGGUUUGGUUUUUGUAUCGCUGAUAAAAGUGUUAAACGCGAGGACACGUAUAAAAGAAGACUUUCUUUGAUUCCCAGAUCGAAUAAAAGGGAACACAAGUAUGAAGCCGAGCGCUAUUAUCCUGUUGUUGUUCUUGUGCCUGCAAUUUCUAGCCUCGGAGUCUAAAUUACGUCAACAGGCAACGACCGUCGAGGCGACGGACGACGACGACGACGAUUGGGACGACGACGAUGACGAUGAUGACGAUGACGACGAUGACGACGAUGACGAAAGUUAUCAUCCGAAACCUGAGAUCGAUGACGACGGCCGUAUCUAUAAGAAUCCAAGAAAUUCACCGUCCGCUAUGUGCCCACGAGAUCAGGACCAAGCUGAUCUAUUGGGUCAAAAGUGCCUGAGAAAAUGUUCUACCGACGAGGAUUGUAAAAGUAAGAAGAAGAAAUGUAGAUGCGACGGUGCAUGUGGUAUGUCAUGCAUCAAACCUGACAGAGAAUGUCCACCGUUAAACAAUAUCGAAAACGGUGUUUUGACCAUAACCGAACGAUAUUUCGGUGGUCGGGCAAAUUACAAUUGCGAUCCAGAUUUCUUCACUGUUGGAUUGUCCGAAAGGACUUGCCGUGCCGAUGGACAUUGGUCUGGUUCUACGCCGUCCUGUAAGAAGGAUCAAAGUUCCUUCUGUUCGCAACCGCCCAAAAUAAAAAAUGCUAGACACAAUGCAUUGAUCGAACAAACUACUUACGAUCUCGACAGCAUGGUCCAAUAUUAUUGUAAUCAUGGAUAUGUCACAACCGGUGCACGGAAAGCUAAAUGUCUAAUGAUGAAUGGUAUCGCCAGUUGGUACGGUCCCGAUAUCACCUGCGAACCACAAAACUGUGGUCCGCCGGCGGACAUCGCCAAUGGAUGGCACGCUGGUGAAUGUUACACGUAUGAUUGUCGCGUGUCCUAUCACUGUGCAAACGAAUACGAAUUGAUUGGUCGUGCUGAAAAAAUAUGUUUGGCGGAUGGUACAUGGAUGCCUAAAGAGUCACCGCAAUGCGUUCAAGUAACUUCCGUACAGUGUCCUAAACCAGAGAAUCCCGAAAAUGGAAAAGCUGUCUUUACUUCCUACGCUUAUAACUCGAUAGUCUCUUACGAGUGUAAAUACGGUUAUACUGUUGUGGGAGCGGCAACCAGACGUUGCGGAGCAGAUAGAAAAUGGGCAGGAAAAACGCCCACCUGUCAAGAGAUUAAUUGCGGUUCGCCGGGGGUUCUUUAUAACGGUUGGAUAGAAAAUAUCGAAGCAGGUACUGGAUUAGGUGCAAGCAUAAUCUUCCGUUGCAACGAUCACAUGAAACUAGAAGGUAACGCAUCUUCCGUCUGCCAAGCGGAAGGAAAGUGGCGUUAUCCUUUGCCACAAUGUUUGGCUCCUUGCGUCGUACCACAAAUCGAGAAUGGACAUAUAACUGUUGCCAGUCACGAGAAGGAUCAUAUUAAUAAUGUCACAGUUGUAGAACACGGCGAAAGAUUGUUGGUAUCUUGCGUUAAAAAUUACGAAUUCGCAGCUAAUAGUACGCCAGUUGUGUGUAACAAUGGGACUUGGUCAAUAGUACCGAGUUGUUCGCCAGCCAGGUGCAAGCGAAUGCCAAAGUCACCCAAAAACGGGAUGGUCAUAGCUCCUAAGACGGAUCACGGUAUGAAAGCUGUUUUUAAAUGCAAGGAUGGUUUUGAAUUGGUUGGAGGUGGCCCUUUAAACGCAUCCAUUUCUGUCGAAUGUCAAUAUGGAAAUUGGACUGGCGACAUACCUCACUGCGUUCAAGUGUUUUGUCCGUUCCCUGGUUUCAUUGAGAAUGGAAAAGUAUUUCUAGUCGGCAACAUGGGGGUUUACGAUUAUCGGCCUUACGUUCGAAAGGUUGUUAAUAAUAAACAAAUUAUGUACGACUGUGACAAGGGUUAUGUUCUCGAUGAAGGGCCUAACGGUGCUACAUGCAUCGGUGGAAAUUGGAGUCCUAAAGAAUUACCCAAAUGUAUUCCUGGACAGCAUCCCAGAUUGAGGUGGAGUAGACGUCGAAGAUCGAUAGCCGAUGCCACCGAGGAAGACAUUGCUGCUAAUUACAAGAAAUUUAUCGAGUUUUUCAGGAAGGUCGGUAAAAAAUUGUUGCAUUUGGAAUCGAUAAAGGCGCGCGAUCACGAAAAACGUCCAGGAGGUUUCAAUGGAUCGUCCAAAGAAAACGAAGAUAAUAGUAAUUCAACGGGAUCCGUGCAAUGGAAAAAACAACAUUCUAAUCACGGUAACGGAACGUGGAAUCGCGACGAAAAGAUCGUUGAUUUCUUACGAAUGGUUUAUAAAAAAUUAGAACGCAUGGAUGCGAGACAAGCGAGCAAUAAUAUUACGAAUGGUAGCAGCAUGCACGAAUUAUUAAACGCUAUGAGUAAAAAUUUCUUCCACGUUGAUUUGACGGAAUCGAGGAAGAACGGAUCCGGUAAGGGUAGAUCGGUUUUCGAAAUAAGAAAUCAAAGAGAGUUUAUAAGACUGAAAAGAGAAUUCGAAAGAAUAAUGAGAUUUUAUAAUAAAUCUAUACGAUGGAACGAGAAACAGAAUCGCAAAGAGUCGAGAAAAAAGAACGGCCAAACUCACGGUGAUAAGAAUAAAAAAUCAAAGGAUAAGAAAAAACGUAAGAAAAAUUAUUACAAAGGUUUUUACGAUUUUGUUAACAGUUACGUGUCGGAAAAAUUAUCUAUGUUGGAGGCACGCAACGCGACUGAGGAAUUAAUCAAAAAAAUGAAGAUCGAUAAGUUCACCGUUAGAAAUGGUACCGCGUUUACCGUUGGCGAGAUGUACGCAUUUUUCAAACAUAUCAUAGAAAAUAAAUUAAAUACCACGGAAGAAAUGUCAAUAACUGAAACAACGACGUUCCUAGCGCCAACGUCGGAUAUUGAUUUUAACGAUACAACCGUGGUAACAACAUCCACUACGUCCACCAAAGACAAUCUGGUAUUGAAUAAUGAGAUUCCGGUUAAGGAAGGUGCACCGAAGCAUCGUAGCAAACGCAUUAGAAACGCAUCGGAAGAUUCGAAUGUUACUCGUCAAAAAAGGAAGCUUUUAUCUUUGACUAACGUGUCGUCGUCGGGUCUUCAAACGAGAUCUAAGAUCAAAGAAGAUGAUGAAACUUUAAAGGAUGCGGACGGAUUGAACAACAACGCUCAGGGAUUUACAUUGAACGAACUGGAAGCUCAACAGCAAAGCCGUGCUAAGAGAUUUCUCAAAGCAUCCGAGCUAGAUAAUCAAAUAUUCUUAAAGAACUUGUAUCUGAACGCUUACGAAAAAGGAUAUCGUGCGAAUGUUAAACGUUCGAUAGAAUUUAACGAUAAUACGAAAAAUAGUUGGUCGGGUUCGAGAAGGCGCAAGGGUAAUCUCGAUAUUUAUGAGAUCAAGUGAUGAAGUUACAAGUGUUGUGAUAUAUUAUUAACGGGAAUUUAUUCAAAUCAUUUACCGAUAUCAAUCGAAUUUUAGGCGAAGUAUACACACACAUAUGCAUACAUACACACACACACACACUCAUACAUACUCACACACAAUUAUACGGUAUAUUAGCUGUAUUAAUCGUCGUCCCUCGUCGUCGGCGCGCACUGUAACGCGCGUCACGCUUUUUCUUUUUUCUCAAAUGAGGAAGGGAAGGAAAAUCGAAGAGAAUAGAAAAGAAAUGAAAAAAAAAAAAAAAAAAACAAAAAAAAACAAAAUGGAUAGAGAAAAGGAAGAGAAAAGAAAAGACAAAAAAAAUUAUCUCUUAAGAUAUUCAAUAAAAUCUUUUUCCAUGCCACAGUCAGUCCCCCCGUUCGCUCUUUAAAGGCCAAUAUGCCGAGUUAUAGGUUUCUGUGUGUCUAAUCUAAGAAAUACGCAUAGUAGGAAAACCAUUUGUAGAUGUGUAUCAACGUGUCAUUGUACACUUAGGGCAUUGACGAGGAAAAAAAAAAGAAAAUUCGAUUGAAAGCAUAAAAAA